AUGGAUCUCAGUCACUUGCAGAUUAAGUACAAAUCAGUUAACAGCCCAGCCAACAUGAAUCUUCUCGCGCUGAGCCUUUGCCUUUGCCUUUGCCUGGUCGCCUCUGGCUGGGCGGCGCCUGCGGUGGUGGAAAUUGAGCCACUCAAUCUGCUGGAUGUGGAUGGAGACCUGCAGGUGGAGCGAUCGGAGCUGUCGGAGAGCGAGCGUGUGGCACGUGGCCUGGGACUCGGUGGCUUCGGCGGUGGUUUCGGUGGCCUCGGUGGCAAGUUCGGUGGCUUCGGCGGCUUGGGUGGCUUGGGUCACGGCUUUGGCGGUGGAUUCGGCGGUCACGGCUUUGGCGGUGGCCUGGGACAUGGCUUCGGCGGCGGUCUUGGCAGCUUCAAGGGACUCUUCAGCAAAGGCUUUUAA